AUUGCAAAUUCCCGGACUGCUAGGAGCGGAGAAGGAGGGGCGCGGAGGAGAGAGGGUACUGCGGGCGCAGUGCUGGGGGCACCCGGGAGCCGGGGCGGCUGACGGCCUGUCCCGCAGAAGCCGCUGGCCGCGCUCUGGCUCCGGUGGCCUCACCAGGAAGCGUCAGAGUCUCUACACGGGGAAGCUCGGAGCGCCGCCUCCGCCGCCGCCGCCUCCCGCCCGGCGCUCGGUCCCCGAGCCGCCUCCCCUGCCCCAGCCGGACUCCCGCCUCCUUCCCGGACGAUCCGGCUCGGGCGCCCUCCCCGGCGAUGGCUGGCCGCUGAGCCAUGGCUCAGUACGGCCACCCCAGCCCGCUCGGCAUGGCCGCGAGAGAGGAGCUGUACAGCAAAGUCACCCCCCGGAGGAACCGCCAGCAGCGCCCCGGCACCAUCAAGCAUGGAUCGGCGCUGGACGUGCUCCUCUCCAUGGGGUUCCCCAGAGCCCGCGCACAAAAAGCCUUGGCAUCCACAGGAGGAAGAAGUGUUCAGGCAGCAUGUGACUGGUUAUUCUCCCACGUCGGUGACCCCUUCCUGGAUGACCCCCUGCCCCGGGAGUACGUCCUCUACCUCCGCCCCACCGGCCCCUUAGCACAGAAGCUCUCCGACUUUUGGCAGCAGUCGAAGCAGAUCUGCGGGAAGAACAAGGCACACAACAUCUUCCCCCACAUCACCCUCUGCCAGUUCUUUAUGUGCGAGGACAGCAAGGUGGAUGCCCUGGGGGAAGCCUUGCAGACCACCGUCAGUCGCUGGAAAUGUAAGUUUUCAGCCCCGCUGCCCCUGGAGCUAUAUACCUCCUCCAACUUCAUCGGCCUCUUCGUGAAGGAAGAUAGCGCUGAGGUCCUCAAGAAGUUUGCCGCUGACUUUGCUGCGGAGGCUGCAUCCAAGACCGAAGUACACGUGGAGCCUCAUAAGAAGCAGCUGCACGUGACCCUGGCUUACCACUUCCAAGCCAGCCACCUGCCCACCCUAGAGAAACUAGCCCAGAACAUUGACGUCAAGCUAGGGUGUGACUGGGUGGCAACUAUAUUUUCUCGGGAUAUCCGAUUCGCUAACCAUGAGACAUUACAGGUGAUCUACCCCUACACCCCGCAGAAUGAUGACGAGCUGGAACUGGUCCCCGGGGACUUCAUCUUCAUGUCUCCAAUGGAGCAGACCAGCACCAGUGAGGGCUGGAUCUACGGCACGUCCUUAACCACCGGCUGCUCUGGACUCCUGCCUGAGAAUUACAUUACCAAGGCCGACGAAUGCAGCACCUGGAUAUUUCACGGUUCAUACUCAAUCUUAAAUACGUCAUCGUCCAACCCUCUCACAUUUGGGGAUGGAGUCUUGGAGAGGCGGCAGUACGAGGACCAGGGACUGGGGGAGACGACGCCACUGACCAUCAUCUGCCAGCCUAUGCAGCCUCUGAGGGUCAACAGCCAGCCUGGGCCUCAAAAGCGAUGCCUCUUUGUGUGUCGGCACGGUGAAAGGAUGGAUGUUGUAUUUGGGAAGUACUGGCUGUCCCAGUGCUUUGAUGCCAAAGGCCGCUAUAUACGCACCAACCUGAACAUGCCUCAUAGCUUACCUCAGCGGAGUGGUGGUUUCCGGGAUUACGAGAAAGAUGCUCCAAUCACCGUCUUUGGAUGUAUGCAAGCAAGACUAGUGGGUGAAGCCUUAUUAGAGAGUCACACGGUUAUUGAUCACGUCUAUUGUUCCCCGUCCCUACGCUGCGUUCAGACUGCACACAAUAUCUUGAAAGGUUUACAACAAGAAAAUCACUUGAAGAUCCGUGUAGAGCCUGGCUUAUUUGAGUGGACAAAAUGGGUGGCUGGGAACACAUUACCUGCCUGGAUACCUCCGUCGGAGUUAGCUGCAGCCAACCUGAGUGUUGAUACAACCUACAGACCUCACAUUCCAGUCAGCAAAUUAGUGGUUUCAGAAUCCUAUGACACUUAUAUCAGUAGAAGUUUCCAAGUAACAAAAGACAUAAUAAGUGAAUGUAAAAGUAAAGGAAAUAACAUUCUGAUUGUGGCCCACGCAUCUUCCCUUGAAGCAUGUACCUGCCAACUUCAGGGCCUGUCACCUCAGAACUCCAAGGACUUUGUACAAAUGGUCCGAAAGAUCCCAUACCUGGGAUUUUGUUCCUGUGAAGAAUUAGGAGAGACGGGAAUAUGGCAGCUGACAGAUCCACCUAUCCUUCCUCUGACCCAUGGACCAACUGGGGGCUUCAACUGGAGAGAGACCUUGCUCCAAGAAUGAACCACAGGGGUGAAUGAGAAGAAAAGGGCUUUUGGAGACGUGUCUUUCUGUUGUGUUCAGUAACAGUGGGAAAAUCUGCACCACACUCCAAGUGGACAGCUCAGAAUAAUUUAGCAUUUUUCUUUCAUGCUUAAAAUUCUUAUGAUGAGACCUUAAAUGAGAAAAAGACUUGAUUCAGAGAAAUAAAAAUCAUUCUCUCUGUACUCUUGCCUAGCUAACGCAGCUUUGGAGAAUUGUCUUCCUGCAUCCGGGCACCUGCUGCAGCAGAGGACAUUUUCUGCCUUCCACCUAUGCACGGCUAAGAAGUCUCACUCCUCCCAAAGGGAGCUGCCAGCCCUCUGCAAGGGCUGCAAGAGGAAAGAGUAUGCCCAGAAUCCCUCUGGGGGAGCAUUGAGCUGCCAGUUUGGGAAUGGAAUUUUCUUUUGAACUCCAUUUUCCAGUUAGGCAGAGCCAAGCUGAGGAAUCCUUUUAAGGUUAUUAGAAAAUAUGCCCUGAAGAGAGUUGUUCUUAAGUUAAAUAUCAAAUUCUACCCUCAGUAGACCCCAUACACCAGUGUCGCUGGCUCAAGACACCUGCUUGAGGAUGCUGACAUUUGCCUUGGCACCGCCACAUUUUCUCUACAACGGCUGGCCCUUCUUGCUACAGCCUGUCCCCAUUGCUUCUGUCUGUGAAAUGGGGAGACAAAGCACUUUUGGAUACUCAGGAGGAAGAUAAGAUAAAGGUGUGAAGUAUUCAAUCACAGAUGCAGAGAACUUGCAAAAUAUACAGUGACUUGGAAUUACCCAUAUUGUAGCCUAACGAGCCACCGCACUUCUAGAUCACCAUUAUUUGUUUGCCUUUGCCCCUAGACUGUAGACUAUGUUAACUGGUUAAGGAUUUUGACCUUUCAAAGGGAUGUAUGUUAGAUACAGUACUUAGUUAAAAGAAGCUCAUUCUGUGCAAUAUGGACAUCUUUACAAACCAUAUCAAGGGUCAGGUUGUUGGACACUUGCAGUACAUGUCAACCACAACAGAACAUCCACAAAUGCAUCAAUUAUACCAGGGAUGUAUAAUGAAGUCAGGGAACUAAUUUAAAUGAUGACAGUCACGACUGCACUGCUACUUGUGCUAUUGGUUUUUGUUUGUUUUUCUAUGAUAAUUUAAAAUAUAUCAGUAGGGCUAUUUAGAACAUUUGGAAAGCCACAUCCUGUGGUUUCUCAAUACACCUACUUCCUGCAUUUAGAGGGAGUUUAUUUAAAAGAAAAAUAAAUGACAAUCAAACCAAAA